AUGUAUCUGCCGGGAGAUUCGAAAGUUCAAACCAGUCAAGCCAUCCAUCAGAUUGAUGCAAUUUACGGCAAUGACUUUCAUUUUGUGUCGGAGCAAAAAAUGAAACUUGUUGGCUUAUCAGAAAGUCACUGGAAUUCGAUCAUGUUUAGUCAUUCAAACUCCAACAUUAGCAACAUAAAUGAAGACGACAAAAGGGAAAAUCGAAAUUUGUUGUCCGAAUCGUGUAACUUCAAUUAUGAUAAUUCUUCUAAUUUCGCUGUUAAGGUUGAUAAAGAAAUGUUUAAAAAAUGA